CCCGCCCUCCACCCGCUGGACCCGCCCAGCUGUCCCGGCGCGGGCACCGGCCACAGGGUCCGCGGCUCUCCAUCGAGGACCAUGGCGAGGCUGAGCUGGGGCUACGGCGAGCACAAUGGCCCUAUUCACUGGAAUGAAUUUUUCCCCAUUGCUGAUGGUGAUCAGCAGUCUCCGAUUGAGAUUAAAACCAAAGAAGUGAAAUAUGACUCCUCACUCCGACCUCUCAGUAUCAAGUAUGAUCCUACCUCAGCCAAAAUCAUCAGCAACAGUGGCCAUUCCUUCAACGUUGACUUCGACGACACAGAGGACAAAUCAGUUCUUCGUGGAGGUCCUCUCUCUGGAAGCUACAGGUUGCGGCAGUUCCACCUGCACUGGGGGUCAGCAGAUGACCACGGCUCUGAGCAUGUGGUAGAUGGAGUGAGAUAUGCUGCAGAGCUCCAUGUUGUCCACUGGAAUUCAGACAAAUACCCCAGCUUUGUAGAGGCAGCUCAUGAGUCAGAUGGGCUGGCUGUCCUGGGAGUAUUUCUGCAGAUUGGGGAACACAAUCCCCAACUGCAAAAGAUCACUGACAUUUUGGAUUCCAUUAAGGAAAAGGGGAAACAAACCCGAUUCACAAACUUUGACCCAUUAUCUCUGCUUCCACCCUCCUGGGACUAUUGGACAUAUCCUGGUUCUCUGACAGUUCCACCUCUCCUUGAAAGUGUCACGUGGAUUGUUUUAAAACAACCUAUAAAUAUCAGUUCUCAACAGCUGGCCAGAUUCCGUAGCCUCUUGUGUACAGCCGAGGGCGAGACGGCAGCUUUUCUGUUAAGCAAUCAUCGUCCACCACAGCCCUUGAAGGGCCGCAGAGUGAGAGCAUCUUUCUAUUAACAGCCAUCAGCGGGUCAGCCCAACCAGGAGCAGGAAGGCAGCAAACAAAACAGAACUCAGACAGUCCUACUAGCAGCUUUUCUAGACUUUCAGCUUUAUGAAUCCCACUUUCCCAGAAGCUUUGGCACCACAGAGAAAAUCAGGAAUCUGGACUAACUAACAUAGCUCAUCACUCCUGGAUUUACAUCAACACGUGUCCAAUUGGUAAACAUUGUUGGGUGUAUAUUAAUAACACCACAAAGUACACCUGCCUCACCCUUCAUGACCAUAUAUGGUCAUCCUUACAAACCUCAGACUGCACUAAAAGAUUGUUGUGGCCUUUGGCUGAUCUUACCACAUUUUAAAUAGUGUUUGCUAGAAACAUUAAAUUCACUUUGAAAAUGGUAUAAUUCCUAAACAAGAAGUUCUUAUAGUUUUUGUAUUUUUCUUAUUAAUCAAGACUAUGUAUUUCCUUUAAUGUGCUUUUUUUUCUCAAACUCUCACUGUGAGUACUGUGAUAGAGUGUACUACAUGAAACACACAGGGAUUAAGACAGAAUACUGUGUCUACGUCUCUGACCAAAGUAACCUAGAGUCUCAGUGAGGAAUUCUUCAGGCUAUAAACAGCUAUUUAAGGCAUUAUUUCAUGUAAUAUAUUCACCUAAUAAUGUUAAUGACCACCAGGGUGAUCACUGGCAUGUUGUGUAGCAGUGUUGGCCGGCUCGUGGCAUUAAUGCAGUUCAGACUGUCAGGUUACACAAUACCAUCGCAGCAGAACUGCCCUGAGCUGGUGAACAGGUUCCUACAUUUGCCCUGUGUUUUAGCAGAGCAGGGAGCUAUCCUAUGUGUGUUGUUUUUUUCUGUCACUAGUGAAAAAAAUGAACCGAGUCUCACAUAAAUGCGUAAGCCAUCCAAUGCAUUUUCCUGGCAAAUCUCAUUACUCAAUUGUACUAAGUCUCUUACAUGAUUUAAUAAGAUGCCAUUUGGUACUAAUUUUAACCUUUUCUGUCUGGAGAGGUUUUUGUUUGCAUUUGAUGGAGGAAGAUGGGUGUCUGUUUCUUUUGCUUUUCCAUUAUGGAGUGGCCCUAUCAUUAACUCAGUAAACAUGCUUGACUUGAAUAUUUGUUACAUUUUUGCUAUUUUCUGAGAAAGUGUCCUUGGGUUUCUUAAUUUCAAUGAUUUGGUUCAGAUCUCUCUCAUCUUCUAAAUGUAAAGCUAAUUAUUAAAAAUCGUCUUUGUAUUUUUCUUGGUGGAAUAACUUCA